AUGAUACUCAAAAAUAUAAUAGUUUUGUUCAGUUAUUUAUUUGUUGCGGUGGCCUUUCCAGGAGGAGCUCCAGAACAAACUUGUACUAGUUUAGCUCCUAGUCACAGUUCUUCUUUCCAAACCUCACUUUCAUCUUAUAUCAUCACUACAAAUCAGACUGGUUCAACGUUCAUAGUGUCAAUCUCCUCGAAUAAGAGCGAAAACUUCACCGGAUUUAUAUUGGGAGCCUUCAGCAGCAGCAGCAGCACCCCGAUAGGAGUCUUCACGAAUGUGGAUUCCAACACAAAACAAAUAUGCCAGAACCCACAAGGGCAGGCAGCAAAUGGAUCGUUCGCGUGUCCAAACCAAGAAUGUGUGAUAACAUGGGGCACGAGUGCUCAGAGUGGGUACAUGGAUGUGAGCCUGCAAGGAAGGAUCAAUGAAGUGACUAACUACAUUGCUAUGGCCUACUCGGUCGAUGACGAAAUGGGCCGUGACAGCGUUAUUGCGUGUUUCAAGGACCCGUCUACAAACCAGUUUAAAAUCAUCCUCUCGUACAAUGGUGAAGAAAAGAGCAAUGUUUUUGUUAGCAUGCCGUCAAAUUUCAUCAUUAACACUUCUGGUGAUUAUGUUGAUGGAGCAUUGAAGUGCAAGUUCUCGCAGUUGCUGAUUCCCUUCAAUGAUUCCUCCAAGUCGGAUAAGAUAUUUUACCCUGGAGACGGGAAUUUUUACCUGCUUUAUGCCACCGGUCCAAUGAACAACGGAAAAUUUAUUUUUCAAUUCCGUAUAUUUCAAAGAUACCAAGACGUUGAAAAUACACACCGUGAAACAUUCUUCAAGAACUGCAUACAAUUUUUCGACUGCAGCUCAAACUCCAACGACAGCUUCAACCACCACCACUACCACCACCACAACAACCACAGCCACAACAAAGAAAACAGAUGUGCCUUCACUUGGUCGAAAAGUGCCAGAGCUGGUUAUGUAGAUUUCAAAUUGGAGGGUCCUGUCAAAACCAAAUCAGAUUAUAUCGCUAUCGGUUUCUCGUUGGACGAUAAAAUGGGCGACGACAGCGUUGUAAGUUGCUACCUGAAUGGCACCUCCUGCGCUAUUCGAUUGUCAAAAAAUACCGGCAAAACCAACAGCUACGUAUCGCCUCCGUCAGACACGUUCAUAAUGGACAAAUCAGGUGAGUACGUGAACGGAAUGUUACGAUGCAGUUACUCCCAAGCCAUGAGAAAUGGGACGAGUACAUCAUCCAGGAGGAAGAAGAGAGCCGCUGGAGACACCAUCUUUUUUCCCGGGGACAGAAAUUACUACUUGCUCUACGCUACGGGCGGCAUUCAGCCAAACGCGAACGACCAACUGCUAGCUUACCACAAUUCCAGAUUCGCCUCCUCAUCCGCUCUCAACCUCACCGAUUUCGCUGUGACCAGUGUUGGCUCUUCAAAAGUUUCUAACAGUCUCAUCAAAGCUCAUGGUAUUUUGAUGGUGAUUGCCUGGCUUAUGUGCGCCAGUACGGGCAUGCUGCUUCCGAGGUACUUCAAAUCAGCAUGGAAGGAUAGCAAGCUCUGCAAACAAGCUGUCUGGUUCAGGUUGCACCAAGUCAUGAUGUCAUCCGUAUUCAUCCUGACAUCUAUCGCCUUCAUCAUCAUCUUCUGUGAGAGGAUGGGCUAUGCUUCGUCUACACUUGGUAUCGACAGCGCUCACCCGCCACUGGGCAUCAUAGUCAUGAUACUCGUGUUUCUAAAUCUCAACAAUUCACAACACAGCAAUUCACAACUCAACAAUUCACGAGUCAACAAUUCAUCAUUGCAACAGCCCUUCAUGUCCUUAUUCCGUUGUGCACCAACUCACAAGAAUCGUUGGUUGUUCAACAUUGCUCAUCUCUUGGUUGGACAGUUUGCUCUGAUCAUUGCAGUGAUAAACAUAUUCCUGUCGUUCUACAUGAAGAUGUCCAACAUGAACUACGGCUGGGUGCAGUGGGUUAUGGUGGCCCUCAUUGUCUACCACACGUGCAUGGAAAUCCUACUGCUGGCCCACGACAAAUACCUCAACUCACCAGCUCACUCCUCAAAAUCAGACGUUGCAUCCUCGAAUAAUAAUUUUGGGUUCAGCGAACCACGAAGGGAAACAGACUGGUUAACGGUCGAUAAAUGUACAUAUGCGGCCCUCGAAAAGUCAAAUAGUUUUCAAUGCGGCCCUCACAGCGAAAAGUUUGCUCACUCCUGUCUUAAGUGCAUCUCAGAGACAUUUCAUGUGAUUGGGGAAGAUAACUUGACAUUUGAGCACAGUUACUGUACUGAAAAAGUUUCCAUCAUAAAGACCAUCCUGAUCAUCUGCCAGUGGGUGGGGGUCACAGGGCUGGCCAUCGCCAUCUGCGUGGGCAUCGGUAUCGCCUUAUAGUCACAAAGGAGUGGUGAUGACGAAGACGACGACGAUGAUGUUGUUGAUAAUGGCGAAGGAUGGAUGUAGUGAUGAGUAUGAAAGUGACAGUGAUGUGGAAUAGAAAAUCCGAAAAAUUAUACCAUAAGCACGGUGAUACUUUUUAGUUUUAAUUUUUUAUAAAGUGCCGUUAAACAUUCCAUUUUGUUUCAUAUAUCAGUUCAUUGAUUGAAAAAUAUUUUAUAAAUCAACAAAAUAAUAAAUUUAAUAUAUAUUAUAUAUUUUAAUAAAAUUAAAAUUCCACCAUAUUGAUACGUGACGUGAAAAUAUUUCAUUCAACUUUAAAAUUGUAUUCAACUGUUUAUAUUUUUAUGAAUUUCUGUGUUUCUUAAUGCACUUUUUAAAGAUAGGUUUACAUUUAAAGUUAAUCUGAAAUUAAUUUCAUUGGUAAAUUUGAAGUUUUAAUCUUUUCUGUCUAACAUUGAACAAAAAAAUAAAUUCAUUCAUUCAUUCA